CCAAUGGAGCGGUGACUAUUCUUUGGAAGCACGGAACCUGCUCGGUAUGUCUGUUAGAAACGGAAGCUUACCAGGAAAUUUAAGUGUGGAUCCAGACUAUCUGAUAAGUUCUCAACAGCAUUAUGCUUCCAAUGAUACGAGUUGUCCUGAGCACCCAAAACCAAGGGAAGAGGUGACAAGUAUCUACUGCUCGUUCAAGCUCACUUCUGUUACCUUCAGCUUGUCUUUACUUAGCAAACGAUCACGUGACUUUAAGAAGUUGAGUGAUGAAGUUAUCAAUUCGAUGAGGAUGUUGUAUGACAAACAUGGUAUCAAAAUAGACUGGCAAGUAACAGGAUUUGCUAAAGGCAGUGUGAUUGCCAAACUAUCAGCAGACGUUACCAAACUUUUGUCAAACGACAUCCAAAGCAUCUUUAAAAGUACCGUACAAAAUGGAAGUGUUGGUAGCUUUACAGUGGAUCCAAACUCUGCACAAAUUUCAAGCAAUACAAACGUCACAGUUCCAUCAUGUCCCAUGCCUACAGUUUCCAUUCCAACUCUUCGAAGGUUCAUUAACACUUCCACUAGAAUGCAACGUUCACAAUCAUCCACAAUCAAAGGAAGAGUUUCUGAAGUAGAUUGCGAUGAUUCAAAUGUAGUUUAUAGUUUUAAAUGGACUUCAACUAAGUUAGACAACCAAGGAAAAGCCAAUGGAACUGAAAAGACAUUGAAUAACCAGACAGCACAGUUAUAUUUAGGAGGAAACUCGUUAGACUACGGGUUGCAUAUGAUUUCUUUUUAUGUAACGAGAAAGAGUGUCACAACAGAAACAGUUUGGAGCUAUGGUAUUAUUAAUGUGGAUCCCUCGCCACUGGUCGCAAGUAUUGCGGGCGGUAGUGCUGUCACCAAAGGAUUCACACAUUCUUUCAUUCUUGAUGCUUCAAGUUCGCAUGACCCGGAUGUUUCUGGGGUCCAUAAGAAUGAUGGGAUAUCGUWCACGUGGUUAUGUCGYAAGGUUGGCGAAGUGUGGCCUAAUAAAGACCUAAACGCAUUGCCAGUAAUUUCACUCAUUCKUGGARAUGGUACUGGAUGUUUUGGUACAGGUAUUGGAAAACUACCGCCUCAGUCAACACCGCAAAAGAUAACAAUUGAAGGUGGACGUCUUGGCGUACAGAAAAGUUAUGAGUUUGUUGUGCUGUUGAUUAAAGGUGAUMGAAAAAUCCAAGCAAGUCAGAUAGUGAAUAUAGUUAAUGGUGAUCCACCAAACACACAGAUAAGAUGUAAUGCCAACUGCCGWUCAACUGUCAACCCGUCGUCAAAACUCAGCCUAGAAGUCACUUGUCAGCGUGGUUGCAAUACCAACACUUUUUAUAUAUGGUCACUUCAUGUAAAGAGUGGUCUAGAUGCACAAAAUCGCACAAUCUGGAUGGAAGUAGACAACUUACAGAAAUUACUGCGCACUAGACUUUCAUCUCCGGCGGGGUUUGUCGUUCGGCCAAAUAAACUUCAGGGAAGAAUGACAUACCGUGUUAAUGUCGAAGUAUCAACUACGGGUMGUGCAAAKACGUCAAACGAAUAUAUCUUUGUUACCAAUUCCCCACCRUUUGGUGGRAUGUGUUUUGCUUCUCCUCAAAUAGGAGAAUCUUUAGUUACAGAUUUUAAGUUGAAUUGCAGCGGAUGGGUUGACAGAGAAACGCCUUUGCGUUAUCAGUUUAGAUUCCGAAAAUCAGACGGUGCUUAUGSAGUACUGUACCACGGAUCAGAAUCAUCAGCGACAGUUAAGCUCCCAGCAGGACUCGCUAGUCAAGACUACAACAUGGAUAUUGAGGUCUUGAUUUCGGAUUCGUUUGGGGCUUCAAAUUCAUCAAGUAUACGAGCUAAGGUCYUGCCAAUAAAAGUCAAGGAGAACUCCACCCUAGACAGCACCUUGCAGAGCCUUACWGUUGGGARAUCGAGCGACWUGGCAAAGCUGUUGAGGACUGGCGAUAUUGAUAGUGCUACUCAAAUAGCRAACGGUGCUUUGGACCUUAUAGWYUCUCCAGAACAGACGGGUGACAACACGGAGGCGUUGUCAAGAGAUUUGAAACWAAAGAUUGUGGAAUCCAUUAUAGAUCAAAUGAAAGACAUCAAAGUUCAAACCAUCCAGACACUAACGCAAGUUACCUCAGUYGUUUCCUCGGCAACGAAAAAUGAUAGUCUCUUAACUCAGGAUUCUCAGAGCUCUUCUUUGAAGAUCUUUACAGAUUUAACCGAUGUACUAAUCACACAGUCAAAGACUGAUGAUGAGAAAUCUGAUGACCUGGACAAAGGGGGUCAAAAUCUACUUUAUGGCAUAGGAAACAUCUGGAAUGCUGCUGCAAAAGACGCAAGUAUUUUAAGUGAAAAGGAGGAAAAAUCCAGUGAAAUACAAACAAAUAAUAAAACACAGAGCAUUUCCAUUGCUAAAGAUUCUGAAGCGUUAGUCAAAAGGGUAUCACAUUCGAURCUCUCACGMUUGACCGCAGGAGAAGAAACAUUAAUUGUCAAGACAAGUUUCUUGUCCCUGGUUCUUCGCAGAAAUAAGACUACUGAUGUUGGUAACUCACAAAUAUCUGAAGGAAACAGCACUUUUACCCUUCCAUCAGCUGGAAGCAUGUUUGGCGAUAGGAUAAGCAGUUUAUCAACUGUUGAUGCGCAGAGCAUUUCCAUUGCUAAAGAUUCUGAAGCGUUAGUCAAAAGGGUAUCACAUUCGAURCUCUCACGMUUGACCGCAGGAGAAGAAACAUUAAUUGUCAAGACAAGUUUCUUGUCCCUGGUUCUUCGCAGAAAUAAGACUACUGAUGUUGGUAACUCACAAAUAUCUGAAGGAAACAGCACUUUUACCCUUCCAUCAGCUGGAAGYAUGUUUGGCGAUAGGAUAAGCAGUUUAUCAACUGUUGAUGCGCAGAUGGUGCGAACAYCUAAUAAUCCGUACACGUGGGAUGUGACAAGUACACGUGUUUCAUCGUCCGUCAUUAGUCUUUCUCUCAUGGAUAAAGCUGGGAGUGACAUCAAUAUCAAAAAUCUGCCUUCUCCCAUCGUGAUGACAAUCCCUCGUGACAUCGAUUCCGACAAGACUCCACCAAAAGAACAGACUUUCUUGAAACCAMGUUYUGGAGACAMGAUGCAGUAYAGACGAUUAAGCGUUGAUAUUCCUGGUUCUKCUCUMCAUAUGAAUAUUGGAUUAGAUUCAAAGGGAGUCUCAGUUAGUGUGUUUGUAAAACUAGGAGAAAGACCAACAAACUUCAGUUAUGAUUUCAAGGGCCAGGUGCCUGAUUUAUCAGCACGUGACCCUUACGUCAUAAAUAUUCCAGGAUCUGUGUUCAGCAKCAAAGGAGUUUACCUCGUAGGACUGGUUUAUCAAGAAAGUGUAGUUACUCAAAGACGUGUMAGGAGGUCUUGUGAGGGACAUGGAAGACAAAAACGAUCMUGCGUAGAAAUUCGAGAUCCUCCCACCACCCAUCCCCCACAGAAUAUCACUAUAAAGCCUGUAUAUGAUCCUAACCGYGAUUUGAAUGUAUCGAUMAGUACAUCCAUGUCCAGUUGUCUAUAUUGGUCAAAAUCACUUCAAAAAUGGACAUCUGAAGGUUGUCAGGCUGCCAACGAGUCCACCUCGUCAAGUCUCAAAUGUCUCUGCACCCAUCUGACGUCAUUUGGAGGUGACUUUCUUGUGGCACCAAAUCCCAUCGACUUUGACGUGGUCUUCCUGGCCUUCAGUCAACUGGACAAAACCAAAAACUUCGGUGUCAUUGGUUUCGUAGUGGCAAUUUUAUUGCUGUACUUUAUUGUUGUGUUGUUGUGUAGGCGAGCUGAUAAGCAGGACCAAGGCAAGGUUGGACCCAAAUUUGAAAUUCAUCAUCAUAAACCCGGUAACAGCGCAUCCUACGAAGUUGCCGUACAUACAGGACUAUGGUACCAAAGUGGAACGACGUCSAACGUUGCGAUGAUUAUCACUGGAACAGAGAACCAAAGCGAUGUCAUCUCAAUAUAUCAACAUGAYUACCAAGAAAGACGUCUGUUUGGACGAGGAAACAUUGACAAGUUUAUUAUUCAUACUCCUUUGUCACUAGGACAAUUGCUGUAUGUUCGUAUCUGGCAUGAUUACUCAGGRGAWAAUCCAUCUUGGUUCCUUAAYGGGCUACAAAUAACAGAUUUAAAUAGCAURWGCAAAUGGGAAUUUCCAURUGACCGCUGGUUGGAUGUACUCAGGGAUGACGGCGCACUUGAAAGAACUUUGCAAAGUCAAMCUCACACAUUUGAARGAAAGAAAUCAAUAAAAGAYAAAACAACACGUAGCUUUGUCGAAGARCAYCUUUGGGUAUCUGUAUUUGCAAGGAGUCCAAUGAACUAUUUUACUCGAGUACAGCGUGCUACAUGCUGUCUCUCUCUGCUCUUUUCCGCCAUGAUUGUAAAUGCCAUGUUCUACACUAUCGGUGGUAAGACGGAGAAAACCUUCARCAUCGGYCCACUUCAGUUCAGCUUGAGACAGAUCAUCAUAGGGAUCGAGAGCAGUCUUAUYGUUGCUCCAAUAAACUUAAUCAUUGUGCAGCUUUUUAAAAUUGCAAGUAAACAACGACAAAAAGAAGAAUUAGAACUAGAUCCUUUUGACGACAACUUAUUGCUCARACGGAAAAGGUCAAGUCAUGACCAGCUCUUGGCAAAACCCAAAAAGCCGUCAAGGUUGUCGCAUUUUAUUAAGGCAACUGCGCAUAUCCUUUCGUUUCUCUGUGUUGUCGCAUCUGCAACAUUCACCAUCUUCUACAGCAUGCAGUGGGGUACUGACAUUAGCAAUCAAUGGCUAACAUCAAUGAUCGUGUCAUUAGUCCAGGACCUUUUCGUUAUACAACCUGCAAAAAUAAUCAUCAUCGCGGUUAUUGUUACGUUAUUUGCAGAAAACCUCGUCGAAGCCAAAAAAACUAAACGCUUAAYCAUGAAUUCCAACACAUCUGUGCAUGAUUGUACUAAACUUUAUAAAACGGAUCAAGUCUCAAUAAGCGAUGAUGGCGGAAUUAAGCCUCUUUCAGAAGAGAAGAAAAAGGAACAUAAAGAUGUUAUGAAGAAGGAAAAGAGAUUGAUCAGCACAGCUAAAGAGAUCGCUUUGUACUUGGUGUUCCUUAUACUAAUGUGUCUCGUGUGUUAUGGAUCUCGUACAAAAUAUGGUUUUCUGAUGAACARMGCCCUUAAAGRAAACUUCGCUGAGUUUGAUCAGGUAACGGACGACAACUCAUUUUACGAGUGGCUUGGAAGUACACUUGUUCCUGGAUUAUUCGGAACAWUUUGGUACAAUGGGCAGGAAGUAGCAAAUAAGGCAUACAUCAACGAUAAACGAUCCAUACUACUUGGGAUGCCUCGUAUGAGACAGAUACGUGUCCAGGAAGGGCAUUGCACCAUUCCAAAAAUCUUCCAAUCAACCAUUUCACGUUGCGUGACUUCCUACUCAAUGGACAGAGAAUAUACAACUAAACUAAAUUAUCCAGAGUGGAAAAGAAUAGCACCUGCAAGCUACGUUAACCAAACACUAACUCCUGAGACAUGUCCAAAGCCUUGGAAAUAUCACACCUCUGACGAAAUUACAUCCCUACCCUACUGGGGUUUACAGAGUCUUUACGGUGGGGGAGGAUAUGUGGCACAUCUUGGAUAUCAAUCAAAUACAGCUUCACGUGUAGUUAAUGAACUUACUACUUCAAAGUGGUUGGAUCCACGAUCCAGUGCUGUCCUGAUUGUGUUCAGCGUCUUCAAUGUCAACACCGAGUACGCAARUUUCUUGAGCUUUUUAUAUGAAAAAAUGUCAACUGGAGCUGGUUUAGCCUCGUAUAAGAUCCAUUCSAUACCACUUUACUCAAACACUGUGUCAUUCCUGGUGUUUCAGCUUCUAUUUCUGGUGUUUGCUUUGUUCUAUUUCGUAUUGGUGUGCGUUAGACUGGUCAAAUUGAAAUGUACUUUCUGUAAAGACGUAUGGAAUUGUAUUGAUAUAAUUCUAGUUGUUCUCAGUGUAGGGACAGUCGUUUUACAGGUCAUCCGAGGAAUUUACACAUCUGACGUCAUACGGCAAAUUCAAGCCAACCCUUACAGUGAUCUCAGCUUCGACUACGUCGUCAUGGUAAUCGAUAUUGAAGACAGCAUUUUAGCAUUAUUGGUGUUUGUCUCGACGUUGAAAUUACUCAAACUCAUCAAACUCGACCUCCGAAUAGUGUUGAUAUCCUCUACGAUAGGAGUGUCAUUUAAAGAUUUGGCGCCUUUCUCAGUGAUUUUUACAUUGCUUCUUUUUGCAUAUGCAUUGCUUGGCAUCCUGCUAUUCGGUAGUGCAGAGGUUGCAUUUUCAAACAUAUAUAAUGCAUUGUGCACCAUUUUGCAGAUAUUUGUCGGUGGGAUGCCYAAUCUUUGGGUUCUAAUUGAACAGAAUCGCGUCUUGGCUCCUCUAUAUAUGAUAUCCUUCUUCAUGUCGAUGGUGUUCAUAUUGGUGAAUAUAUUUGUUGCAAUACUCUAUGAGUCUCAGGUAAACCAGCAAAAGAGACUGGAAUUGUUGAAAGAGGAAUUGGACUUCCUGGAASUUUUGCAGAAAAAAAUUAGAUCUUUUUUUAGSWUAAAAAACUCAAAGAUUAMUGAUGUGUCAAACAGAAACCUGGCGUAUGGUUGGUAUCCUAGUAACGAWCGAARCGACRAUGAUUACACCAUAAGGAAAGAAAAUAACAAUAAACAUAUACUAUCAAACAAUAAGAAGAAAAGCGUACAAUUUGACAAAAAUACAUUAUCUUUGAAUAAGGGCGUGGAUUGGUGCGAAGACUCCACUUUACAAGUACAUAAACGGCUCAAGAAAAUGACGAUUUUAUUAACUUUGAUUGAAAUAGAAUCAAAAGAUGAAGAUGUCCAAAUAGCACGAAUGCUUCUGCAUUUAGAGAGCAAUCGACGCUUUCCUACGYCAAAUACGACAAGUAGAACAACAUUUGAUCAUUCAAAAUCAGUUGGCCGGCCAUCCUCUACCCGCAAAAGAAAAGUGAGCGCAAUAACAUUAUCAAAUCUUGUUUUUUCAGAAGAAUCCGAAGAUGGYCUUARGUUAGUUUCUCCUCGUCGUUUCUCUCAAGUGUCUAAAAAUGGUCGAGUCAAACAAGUAAGCAAUACACGACGGAAAAGCUCGAGCGUGAAUAAAUUUGUUAACUCCUUACAAGGAAUUCAGGAGAACAUUUGCCCGUAAAAUAAUUGCUUGAUUGCAAAAACAUUUCAAUUGCAAUAA